AUGGCCGAAGGAGCACUGGCUGCAGAAGCGCGAGAGCUCCGAGAAGCGCAACACCUCUACGUGCUCCUCGAAGCUCAAUCGCACAAGGUUGCCCCUCUCACACUCGGAACCACCAAUGUUGCUUUUCGCGACGCGGCCAUUGCAGCGUUCAAUGGACUUUCCACACUCGCGAAAAUGGAUCUCGGAGACACGAUUCGCAAAUUUCGUCUCGAUAAUAAAGCUACGAAUGACCUAUCUGCUCAUGUCAUUUAUGCGCAACGAUUUCGAGGGGCCCCUGGGGACGAUGAUGAUGUGCUGAAGCAUGAUGGUGCCCAUUGGAGACCGACGGUUCAAUACUUCAUCCGGAGGAAAAAAGAGUACUUGGCUGCUGGUAGAGAGGCUGAGGGGGCUGCUACAUCUUUGGUGCAGGCUUUGCAGGAUUAUGAUUUAGACCAAGAGAGAACCGUGAACUUUUUGCAACAAUGUAUCGAGUACUGGAAUGCGAAGAAUACGCAGGGUCAGGCUUCGAUCGAUAGGGAUUUGCCUUUGUUGGAAAAUUCGGCGCGGUUGAGGAUUGCUGAUAUGGAAAAGGCGAGAGCGGAAAUGCUGGCGGAAGAGAAGAAGGAGAAGGAGAAGAGGGCGGGAGAGGAGGCAAUGGCGGAAGAGGAGGAGGAGGAGAAUGCAGAUCAGGAUGUAGUAAUGGGAGAUGUAGGAGACGUAGAAAUGCAGGAUGCGCCUGCGGUGCUUGAUGUGACCUGGCACGGUCAAGUGCACUUGGGCGCCGGAUCGUACGGCACAGCAGACUUAUGGGUGGGAACUCAUCCGGAUAUGAGCAUCUGCCAUCGAGUAGUCCGCAAGAAUUGUGACCUCCGACCAAUUUGGUCGAUAGAUUCAUUCUGGACCGACGGGGCGCCAGGCAAUACGGGCAGCACUGCAGGCACUGGGCCCACAGAAAUCCAAGCCCUCGCCGACCUUGCCAACAAGCCUGGAUCAGAUGCCAUUGUGGCGCUUCACAACUGGCGCCUUCGCCUGGGAGCACAGAGAGCAGAUCUCUAUCUCGAAUACUGCCCUUACGGCGAUGCCUUCGACGCCGUGCUCCACGGAGACUACUACAGCCGCAGACAUGGUGAUCGCAAAAUCUUCCCCUGGGUCGACUACAGCAGGGCGGGGGACAUUUCCCUCGUCCCCGAACCCUUCAUCUGGAGCACCUUCCUAUCCCUGGUCAUGGCCGGCCUCUUAAUGGAGCGCGGCUCCUUGGAAAAGAACCCAGACGAUCCCCAACAACAACACUGGCCCGUCAUCGUCCACCGCGAUCUCAAACUCGACAACAUCUUCAUGGGCGUCCCCGCCACCGACCGAUUCCGCAUGUAUCCCCAAGCCAAAAUUGCCGACUUCGGCCUCUCCCUCAUGGCUCCCCCCAACGACCCUCGACCCAUCCACUCUCUCUUCUGCCACGGCUCGCCCGAGCACGCCCCACCCGAACAGCACGUAGCGCUGACAGACCGCCACACCGGCGCCCUCGUCCGCCAAUCCACCCAAUCCAACGUCUGGGGCAUCGGAAUCAUUUUGCACUCGAUGCUCGCGGGCGAAAACGGUCCCGUGGCAAACAAUGCCACGUGGUUUGAUUGGACCAACCCAAGUCGAAGAGAACCUCCUGAAUUUGAUCAAACUGCACGAGGAUUUUAUAGUGCGGAAUUGAGGAAUUUGGUUUUGGCCUGUUUGCGCUUCGAUGCAGAGGAUCGGCCUACGUUGGAUUAUCUUUUUGCCGAGGUGACGAGGUAUACUACUCCUGCUACUGGUGGAGGUGGAGGGGACGAUGAAAAUGAUGAGGACAAGGCAAAAGGAAUGCGGGAUUUGAAAAAAGAAGAUGAUGAAGAACGAUAUGCGGAUUUGUUGACGAGGUAUCGAAUGCAGUGUGGGAAUAAUUUGGAUAAGUAUGCGGUGGGAUUGGCGUUGCCCUUGACGAGUUUUAUGGCGGAUCGGACUCCUGUGGCGACUGUGCCGGCGCCGUUGAUGCAGAUUGCUGCUAGGAUGGGUGGGCAGUAG